AUGACACCUUGUAAGCGUUGCACCGCUUCAGAAGCGGUUUUAGUCUCUAGAAAGGAACAUUUCUGCAAUGAUUGUUUUAUAAAGUUCGUUUCACUCAAGCAGCGCAAGCAGCUGAUGUCUGAUGACUACUACCAGGAUAUAUUCAAGAUGGCAUAUGCUGAUAAAAAACGGAACCAGGGAGAGGCUGACUUGCAAAACUCAAAGUCGAAUGUGCUAGUAGCGUUGUCUUUAGGAUCGUCUUCUUUGUCCGUGUUGGAUGUGUUAAAUGAUACGUUAUGUGAACAGAAGAAAAGUCACCGUGGUAAAACAGGGUUUCAAGUUGAGGUGCUUACGCUCUGUCACGGAUCAGAGCGUGAUGACGUGUGUGAAAAGAUCAAGGGAUUGAAAGACAAAUACCACGAUAACUUGGAUAAAAUCAAAUUUCAUGUCGUAGAGAGAAAAGAGUUCUUCAAUGGGUCUUCAGAAUUGCAGGAGUUCAAGCUUUUCAUCGACACCUACCAGACUUACGUGAAGGAUAUUCCAACUGAUAGGAAACAAGAGCUGAGUGUUGAAGAUAUUAUCUUGAACGCUCCAAAUAAGACUUCGAGAGAAGAUUUGUUGAACGUUAUAGAUACGCAUUUAAUCAAGAAAUUUGCAUUGCAACAUGGGUUCAAAGCUAUUGUUUGGGGGCAUUCGAUGACCAAGUUGGCUGAUGAAAUAAUUUCGUUGACCGUGAAAGGUCGCGGUGCGGAGAUUCCACAUUACUUGGAUAAUUCAUCAUUGGAUGAAGAGUAUAAUGAAGGGUUUAGAAACCUACAUCCUGCUCGCGACGUACUAUUAUCCGAGCUGGACGCAUACUGCCAUAUCAAAUCUCUAUCCUCUUUCUGCUAUCAGUACACAGUACAAGAUACGCUAUUCCUGGAUAAAUUCGUAGACAAGUCCACUAAAAAUGUUAAACUCAUAAAGAGUAUGACAAUGAAUGAACUUGCACGUCAGUACUUUGAUAACAUUGAAGGCGAUUAUUCCAAUGUGAUUUCCACCGUGGUCCGUACUGGUGCUAAACUUGCUUACCCAAAUAUGGAGAUGGAACAUACCAAUGAGAGCAAACGUUGUGACGUUUGCAACGCGAUUAUUUAUAAGAACCCAGUUACCUGGUUAGAUGGCAUCACAGUAAACAAAGCAUACGAAAUUCAAGAUGAAGAAGAACAAGCAAAUUAUGAAGCUUGGAGGAAGGCUAAUAAUUCUGAUUCGCAACUAUCGCUUCAAGAGCUAGAAAGUGAAUUUCCUAACAAAUCAAAUAUAUGCUAUGGCUGUAUUGCAACCUUGACAGGUAUGAAGAAUAGAAAAUUAGAGUGGAUUAAAAGGGACGAAACGGAAUUGUCUAACAUUCUUCAAGAGUACGAAUUAUAG